AUGGCACAUUUUGAAGCCUUGUAUGGUCAAAGGUGUAGUACACUUAAUGUUGGCAUGAAUCUGAUAUUCAGACGAGUUAGGCCUGUUGCUUAUAGAGCGGUGUUGCCAUCAAAUUCGUUAAAUCUACAUUGUGUGUUCCAUGUUUCACAACUUCAAAAGUAUAUUUUGGAUCUAUCGCAUGUGAUUCUGAUGGAUGGUGUUCAGGUGAGGGAUACCUUUACAGUUGAUGCUCUGCCUAUAAGGAUUGUUGAUCGAGAACUGAAACAGUUGAGAGGAAAAGAGAUUGCCUUAGUAAAGGUAGUUUGGGGUGGACUAGCUGGUGGGAGCAUGACUUGGGAACGUGAGGAGUGGAUGAGGGAGUCGUAUCCGAAAGUUCUAUAA